AUGUCAACGACAACGAAAACACCAACAGUUGGCCGAAUGAGACAAGGUCAAGGCACAGAAACUGGAGCGCGCCGCCGCCCUGGGACCCGGCCCUACCAACUUGCAUCAACCCCUCGAGCUAAGUGCGAGAUCCAGCGCGGAGUCCACUGUGGCAGCUCUUGCAUCUUCUUUAGGCGUAGGUCCACAACAGCUAUUCCCUUUCACAGUCAAGACAGGCGAACGCAGGACCCGCUGACCCAAUCCCGCCAGAACGGUGACUUCAAGCCCUCCGAGGGAGGCUUCGGAGGGAUAACAGAGCUGUGGAUCAACGAGCGUGGACAAGGCGCCGCCACGACGGCAGCACAGGCCGGCGCGGAGCGCUCCCUCCUUUGCGGUGCCCACUGCAGCAUGUAG